AGUGAAAAAACAGACGUGUGUUUUCUAAAGCAGGCCAGUGGAAGCAGGCAUAUGGACAUGCACACUGUGAGAUCAACAUAAAGUCCAGCAAGGUUAUUUCUUCAGAAUAAUUAAUGAAUUAAUUAUCUAAGAAAAAGAAUCAGGUGACAUCAGAUUGUAAGUAUUGUUCUAGAGUGAAGUAGGCAGGAUGCAGCACGUAUGGAUUUGUAUAGCCAUGCUUACAGUACUUGGAGAACCGAACACACUUGGGGCCUCCAGAACCCAAGGCAGGAGAACUGAGCGCAACCAGACGGAGAACACCAUUGACAAGAUCACCGUAGCACCCAACCUCGACCUGGACCAGGUGGCGGGGAAAUGGUACUUGAUUAGCGCUGCCUCCAAAUGCCCCUUCCUCCUAGAGAACGGUUUUAAGGUGGAGAGCACCACCAUAUCCCUGACACCACCCACCACCUUCGAUGCUCCCAUGUUGGUGAGCACCUUCAGGAAACUUAACCAGCAGUGUUGGGAGAUCAGGCAAGAGUACCAAACCACUAAAUCCAAAGGAAGACUUUUGCUCUCAAACAAGAAUCCUAAGAAAAACAUUGAUAUUGUGAUUGCUGAAACAGACCACAGCUCCUAUGCCAUAUUGUACUAUCAAAGGCAAGGAAAGAUCUCCAUGAAAUUAUAUGGUCGGUCCCCAAAAGUGCCCGACUCUACUGCAGAUAAAUUUGAAGAGCUUGCAGCCAAACAGAGCCUUGGGUUGGACUAUGUCUUCCAGUUCCCAGGCUACAGCUUCUGUGAGACCGCUGAUGAGGACUAUGUGCUUGUCAUGUAAUGGAUCAUUGUCCGUCUCUGUCCUGAACGACAUUCCUGGAGUAGCCGGUUUGGGAGCAACAGUGAAAUCACAUUUGUUCACAACCACGGAUCUUCGUAGUCCCAAUGCAAUUUUAGUUGAGUUGUUUGCAAAAUUGUUUCUGUGACUGUCUUUAUAUUUAAGAAGAAAUUCAAAGAUAUUAACAAAGCCCAUUUUUCAUCCCAGUAAAUUUUGAACCAAUAAUUGAGAUAUUAACACUAAAAGUUGGGCUGUAUAUGAAUGAUAUGAUAAAGGCUGCAUAUGAAACCAGGUGGAGAUUAGGCUAAGUGGCCCCAUUUCACCUCUCCUGGGAGGAAAAAACGUCUCCGGCCAUUUUCACUCUGUGAUAUAACUCUCCUUCAACAAGACUCGGCCUGUACCUUCAAAAAAAAAAAAAAAAAGGUUACACAACUAAUGAAAAACACAUUUGUUAUUUAACUAUUGUAGUGUUCAUAUUCUGUAAGUCACUUUGGACAACGUGUCUGUUAAAUACUAUAACCAUAACCAUAACAUCUGUAUUAAAUACAUUAAAAAUGUAGAAAUAAACACCCCUAAAUGUUAA